AGCGCGUGUUGCCUCUGUUUUUCGACGUCAUACUCGAGAGUUCAGUGCGAAAACGAGCCGAAGAAAUGGCAAAUCGAGAGGUGAAGAGUCGGAUUUCUUCGAGUGAGAUACGAAUCCAAAACGAAGAAAACGAAGCAAUUAUUAUAUCAGAAGCUAAGUUAAAUAAAGUCCUGAACAGGCAUUUGGAACUUCUCAUUACAUAUGUUGAAAAUUCGAAAGUACUGCUUAUGCCUUUUCCAAUCCGGACCAUCAGACAAUUCGUUACUUAUGUACUGACGGACGAUCCCGGAUUGUUUUAUUUUACACACGCGUUCGAUCUGUAUCAUCUGAGUUUAAGAUACGAGUUAGACGAUUUAAGAAAGAAAUGCAGAUCAUUUAUUAUUCGAAAAAUAAAUCUGCAUACUGUCUGUGCAAUUCACGAUUUUGCACGUGAAAUCGGUGAUCUGGACAUAACUUAUUAUUGCUGGGUAGCUUUCAACCAACACGGUGAAAGACUAUUUACAACAGUCGACUUUAAGUGCUGUAAAAUUGCAACAAUUGAUAGACUGCUAUCUCGAGCGAUAUAUAAAUCAGUCAGUGAAUUGCGUUUACUUGAAGCCGUGUAUGAGUGGAGCAUACAAGAAGCUCAAAGAAAAUUGGGUGCAGACAACUUCUAUUCGAUGAAUGAAGAAUCGGAAAGGAAUGAAAUAAGAAAUGUUAUGGAGCCAUUUAUUGGAAAAGUCAGAUUUCUUGCAAUGAAUGAAGACGAAUUGCAACGUUGUGUUUUUACAAUGAACUUGUUAAGCGAAGUAGAAAAGAGUAAUAUGUGGCGUGCUUUCACGAUUGGUAAUUAUUCCUUUUAUCCCAGUUACUUCAGUCGAGAAACAAAAACCAGAAGCAAAAUAAAUUAUUGUAACUUGUUCUCGUACAUAAAUCGUGGAGAUCCUUUUAUGGUCGCAAAUGGAGGGAUGAAAGGUUACACAUAUUUUAGCAGCGAAGUAGUUGUGAGAGAAGCUUGUUACGUCACGGUUCUUCGAUUUCCGGUGAAGCUUCACGAAAGUUAUCCAAUGUGCGUAAACGCGUAUAUUAACAAUUUGGACAACGAGUAUUUUACGUUUGAAACCGUUUGCAAUUCAGAGGGAGUAGCAAAUCUGGAAACGAAGUUGUAUCUAGAAAAAUUUUGGUCAAUUCGUUUCUUUGCUUUCUUUUACCGCGGUGAAUAUGUCCAACCUGAUAUCGAGUUUUCACCUGAACUGAGUUACUUUGUGAGCGACGAAGGAACAAAUGCCAGGGAAUUUGAAGACAAAAUUCUAACCGGUGACAGAAACCUUAUGAAUAAUAUUUAUUUUUCGGUUGAUUUAUAUUUUUGAAGUGAAAAGUUUCCCUGGAAAAAAGCAAAAUCUGAACGAGAAUAUAAUGUAAAGUUAAAUUCGAAUUUUUUAUUUUUUCUUAUUUCUUAUUAUUUCUUAUUGUAUUACUGUCAAAAUGUGUGUACGUAAACGGAAUAACGAAUUUAUUGGAUUUACAGAAAACAAAAUUUAAAUUUUAAGUGCUUAUUAAUGUAAU